AUGCAACCAGAGGCAGUCAUCAGCAGACUGACUUCCUGGAGUCCACGGGCCCCGACAGCUCAGAGCUCCAAGGGCACGGCCUUGCCGCGCUACUCAGCAUGGGAUGAGAGAACUCAGGGGAGAGGGCACCUUUGGCGCGACUCAGUGAGGCAGGGCCUAUGGUUCCCCCCCGUCUCUUCUGGAAGUGCAGCUUUGAGCCAGGCCGCGCGGAUGUCGACUCCCAGGUGUCGAAGGAUCGUCUCCCAGGGCUUCUGUGUUCCGAUGCCGACACCAUCGCCUCCCCCAACCUCCAGAAGUCAGGAGUCAGGCAAGCUAGAACACGUACAGCGGCUGCCGCCUUCCCACCUCAUCACCCCAAAGAUACCCAAGAUAGAGAACUACCUCCCUACCUUUUACGUUCCGUCAACUGAUGGCAGCUUGGUCAUCACCCAUCGUCUUAGCGAUGACUCCUCGCGACCCCUCGAGGCCGAUACCACUAGUACCACCAUCYUCACCAAGCCGCUCAAGUCAAUCAAACAAAGGCGGGAAUCGUCACGGCGACCCGUGGUUGUGGUCAUCAGCAUGCAGAAGGAAACCCCCCUGGAUCAGGAGGAGCUCGGUGGUGCCGUCAUUCGUCUUCCCCCUGUAGAGGUUCGUGACGGGUCGGCACAAACCGGCGAAUCCCCUUCAUCGCCACGGCUACCAGUCCCUGCACCCGUUCCACCACUAGAUUCUGCCCCAGUCAUCCCCAUCUCUGGCCCCACCCGUGUCCCGGCUGCCAACCAGUUGGUCCUGGAGAAGCUGGAGCGACUGAACGAGGAAAAGGAGGAGAGGCAGCGGCACCUGCAGCAGCAGAACGAGCGGGAGAUGAUGGACCAGAUCCGGAAGCAGAAGGAGGUUCUGGAGAGACAGCGGCACCACUUCGCCCAGCACGAGAGGGAACUGUUGGAGAAGCAGAGGGGUGAGGCCCUGGUCAGGAUCCAGCAGAGCCGGCAGGGAGGGCCCCCCCAAGACAGGAGUGCAAACGCAGCUACCUCUACCAGGCCCCUUAGACCCAGCUCCCUUCUCAUCGAGAGUCUGGCUCCACCCUCCAGGACCCAGUCUGUGUCCGCUGCCCACGCAUACCUCUCUCCUCCUGGGCCGAUGGACACCCAGAGUGUCCCCAUGCCCCAUCCUGAGCCCAACAAGGCCCAGCCCAACAAGGCCCAGCCCAACAAGGCCCAGCCCAACAAGGCCCAGCCCAACAAGGCCCAGCCCAACCAGGCCCGGCUCCCUCCACCUCCCUCAGCCCCCAAAACAAAGACCAGGGAUGGGAGAUCCAUUGCGGAUGGCUGGGCGCCGAAUUUGACCCUGGAGUCCAGAGAGGGCGGGGGAGGAGGAGCCAGAGGGAGGGUUCCCAAGAAGGCCCCAGCUAAUCAGGGCACCAGCAUCAGCAUGACUGACAUGUCYGAAAACAUCUUCUUUGCGCCCAAAGACAGAGUGGCGUUCUCUAAGUUUGACAAGGAGAAGCCUGUCAAUCAAGAGAAGCCUGUAGCAGUCCCAAAAGAGGGCCCCUCCUCAAGCACCAAGCCCACCAUAGGACUGAAAACACAGGAGGUCAGCAGGGCGGGCCACAGAAAGAAAGCCCGCAUGGCACGGACACGCUCUGACUUUCUGACCCGCACGCCGACCUCCUCGCUGGGGUGCGAGUCGGAGGAGGACGAGUACGACGGAAAGCCCCCCCUCUCCUCCCCUCCCCCCUACACCACUACCAUCCCUAAACAGGAGUCCUUUGAGUGUUUCAGUGACUCAGAGAUGCCUUCCACCAGCUCUGAGGAACAGAAGAAGAUACAGAAGGCCAUGUCAUCUGGAGAUCUGGCAAAGUUGACACGAUACGCAAGAACGCCCAGUCAGAUGGAAGGGUUCGUGGUAAGAUGCGUUUCUGGGGCAAGACGAAGCAGGGUGAGAAGAAGUCGUCCAGAGAGAAGCUGUUCUGUGGAGGUGACUCCAUGGAUGCAGAUGACGGAGACACGGGGCCACUGCUGGGAGAAGCAGGACAGGAUUACAUGUCACCGCCUCGUAGUCCAGACCUGACCCUGGAGCGGGGGACCAAGGAGUUCAAGGAGAACAAGGAGCCCUCACCAAAAGUGAAGAGGCGGCGUAGCGUCAAGAUUAGCAGUGUCGCCCUAGAGCCUGCCCAGUGGGGGAAUGAUGCACUGCAGAUCCUCACCUGCACCAACGACUACAGGAGCAUGAACGACUUCCUCAUGAA